GAGGGAAAAAAAAAUCUAUGACCAGUGAAACCCUCCUCCAUUAACGGGUUAAAGGGUUCUGGGUUUUGGCCUUUGGUAGCAUUCCUUGCCUCGCCGUCGGCUACCGGCGCCGCCGCCCUCCGGUGGCCCCCAUAUUCCUCCGCCAGUCGUAAUCUCGGAUAAAAUACAGCAGUGCUAUUGUAUUCGUUCACCCUUUGGGAAGAAGGCAAGAAAAAGAAAUCACAAAACAGAGAAAGGAAUUAUGUGGUAUCUGUGUGUGUUCUACCACAGAUUAUUGGAUUACCGAAAACCCGAGGUCGAAUCGCUGGCCGAGCUCUUCGGCGUAUUCAAUAGCAGGGAGAGUGAGAGUGGCAGAGAAAAUGGGAACCCAGAAAAGAAGUGCCUGCAGUGGAGGCUACCUCAGUACCACCACCCAGACUCUCCAUUCCACUUCGUUGAUCUUCCGUCGGACGACAUCGCCCGUAAAAUCGCCAACCGAAGUAUACUUGUGAAGGGAGUUUAUGAACUUUGGGGAGAAGGAAGCACGUAUGAGGAGCUGGAAGAGGCUAUAAAAGCAUAUCCAGAUGAGCAGAAGUUGCCAUACUUGACUUCUGAAAGCACAUUCAAGAUUACCAUUGAUAGCUUUGGGAAGGUUAUGAGCUCCGAGGAGCAAAAUAAUCGCAUUCGGAGUUUCUCAUACAUUCCUUUCAAGGGUCGAGUUAAUUUAAGAAGUCCAGAUCACAAGUUCUGGGUACUGGAAACUGAUGACUCUGGUAGUAAUAAUGGGCUUCCGCCUGUCGACCAGAAGAGAAUAUUUUUCGGUCGAGAAGUGGGAACAGCGGAUAGGAAGCUCUUGCCCACCUAUCAGUUAAAAAGUCGUACGUAUCUUGGCCCCACAGCCAUGGACGCAGAAAUGGCUUUUCUGAUGGCUAACCAAGCAUUGACCGCACCAGGGAAACUUGUAUAUGAUCCGUUUGUCGGCACUGGGAGCAUUCUUGUUGCUGCAGCUCAUUUCGGAGCAAUGACCAUGGGUGCAGACAUUGACAUUAGGGUGGUACGUGAUGGCCGUGGACCUGACUGUAAUGUUUGGAGCAAUUUUAAACAGUAUGGAUUGCCAAUGCCGCUUGGUCUGUUAAGGGCAGACAAUAACCUUCCUCCUUGGCGUCCUGGGUUAAAAGAGGUGUUUGAUGCCAUAAUAUGUGAUCCGCCUUAUGGGGUUCGUGCCGGGGGCCGCAAAUCUGGUGGUCGGAAACUGCUGAAAGGGGUUGUGGGUCCCUACACCGUUCCCGAUGACAAGAGAACAGACCACAUACCAUCAACUGCCGGUUACUGCUUAGCCGAAUGUGUGCACGAUUUGCUUGACCUAGCUGCUCAAAUGCUUGUGAUGGGUGGGCGCCUAGUGUACUUCUACCCUGUACUGCGAGAAGAUGAUACAAUCGACACCAACUUCCCAGAACACCCUUGUUUCAAAUUGGUUGCCGCUUGUGAACAGAUCCUGAGCUUGCGUUACAGCCGCGUAUUACUCACCAUGGUGAAGAUUGGGCCCUACACCGAGGAAAUUGCUGAGUCAGCACGAAUCCAACAUUUGGAAUUUAAGGAGAAUCAUCUGAAAUGGUUAGAAGAAGGAAAUCUUCGUUCUGCUGUUUUCAGCCCUGUUGAUUCUCACCCCGGUGGUGAAGGUUACGCUAAAUUAGGUAAGGACUCGAAGCCUAAAUAUAGAGGGAAAUACGUUUAGCUCGAAUGCUCAAAAGCAUUGCAUUCUGUUGUUUAGAUUCGACAUGAGAUAUCAUUCUUGUGUUUUUAGUAUCGUUAUUAAGUAUGAUGGCACACUAGCUAUUUAGGUUUUAGAUUAACUGGCAUCCGCGUAUUUUACCAUUGUUGGCGGUCUGUAACUUUUUCUUGUGAGAGAGAGAGAGAGAGAGAGAGAGAGAGGGUGGGCUGUGGUUUCUUGAUUCCUAGCUAAGAACAAAUGCUGAUCCCUAGUUUUGAAGUUUUACAGUUACUUCUUUACGUUCUGUUUAUCUGAUAUGCUUUCCAUGUAAAGUAUGGAAGAAACAAUUAUCAAAUGAUAAGAAAACUAAACUAGUUGGUGUA